GAUGGAAAACGUCUACUUUGUGGGCUGGCUGGAAGGUUGGACUGAGUUGAUCUCAAGUUACACCGCCUUUCCUCCUCCCUCAGGAAGUAAAGUCCACGGGCAGGAGUGCCUGAACCACUCUGCUCUGUUAGACUACACAAAAGCCUGCUUGUUUUCACCAAGCAGCCGAAUGAAAAACCUUAGGAGAAAAAAAGUAACAUUUUAGUAAAAGUAACUUUUUUUUCCUCCACAAUUUUCUUGUCUAAAGAGGAUUCAUUUGAAGAACGUUAAAGUGAUCUGUCUGGAACAUAAAGGAAGCAGCACAAUGAACAGGGGAGAAAAGGCUAAAACCCCGGAUGGAGGAUGGGGAUGGAUGAUCGUGCUGCAUUUUUUUCUGGUAAAUGUGUUUGUGAUGGCAAUGACCAAGACAUUUGCAAUAUUCUUUGUGGUCUUUCAAGAAGAGUUUGAAGGCACCUCAGAGCAAAUUGGUUGGAUUGGAUCCAUCAUGUCAGCACUCCGUUUCUCUGCAGGUCCCCUGGCUGCUAUUAUUUGUGACAUACUUGGAGAAAAACCUACCUCCAUUCUUGGGACUUUCCUUGUUUCUGGUGGCUAUCUGGUCAGCAGUUGGGCCACAAGCAUUCCCUUUCUUUGUGUGACUAUGGGACUGUUACCUGGAUUGGGGUCUGCUUUCUUGUACCAAGUAGCUGCGGUGGUAAUUACCAAAUAUUUCAAAAAAAGAUUGGGUCUUUCUACAGCGAUUGCCCGUUCUGGAAUGGGACUGACGUUUCUGCUGGCACCCUUCACAAAAUUCCUGAUAGAUCUUUAUGACUGGACAGGUGCUCUUAUAUUAUUUGGAGCUAUUGCAUUGAAUUUGGUGCCUUCCAGCAUGCUCUUAAGGCCCAUCCACACCGAAACAGUGAACAAUUCUGGUAUCAAAAACAAAGGUAGCAGUUUGUCUGCAACUGGAUCCGAGGCAUCAGACAGGACAGAAACAUCAUACUGCAAUGAGACACAAGAGUCUUGUAUCCAAGGCAUUUCUAUGAAGAAAUCUGAACAACUGACUAAAAAUUUAACUGUCUUAGAACAUCAAAGUGAAGAGUUCGGCAAUGGACCUCACAGGAACAGACUGUCACUUAUGAGUAAUGACAAAAGUUACCAAAAAAAGUUUGUUUCAUGGAAAUGUAAACAAAAUCUUUUAGAUAUUUCUCUCUUUAGGAAUCCUUUCUUCUAUAUAUUUACCUGGUCUUUUCUCCUCAGUCAAUUAGCCUAUUUCGUUCCUACUUUUCACCUAGUAGCCAGAGCCAAAACUCUUGGAAUUGACAUAAUGGAUGCCUCCUACCUUGUAUCUGUAGCUGGUAUCACUGAGACAGUCAGUCAGCUUAUUUCCGGAUGGAUUGCUGAUCAAAACUGGAUCAAGAAGUAUCAAUACCAUAAAUUUUACCUCAUUCUAUGUGGUGUAACUAACCUGCUUGCUCCUUUAGCCACCACAUUCCCACUCCUUAUGGCCUAUACCAUCUUUUUUGCCAUUUUUGCUGGUGGCUACCUGGCACUGAUACUCCCAGUACUGGUCGAUCUGUCUAAGAAUUCUAGAGUGCACAAGUUUUUGGGAUAUGCCAGUUUCUUUGCUGGAAUGGCUGUCCUUUCUGGACCACCGAUAGCAGGCUGGAUAUAUGACUAUACAAAGACAUACACAGGCUCUUUCUACUUCUCCGGCACCUGCUAUCUCCUCUCUUCAGUCUCCCUUUUCUUUGUACCACUGGCUGAAAGAUGGAAAAGCCAACAGCCUGACCUUCGAAGGACUACAAUCAAGUGAGAGCUUAACGAAAGAAAAUCCAAACAAGCCACUGGAAACAAAAGCAUAGAACAAAAAUCUCUGUAAAAAUGAGAAAGUAAGCCAUAUAAUUUUUAAGAUUCCUUCUUGCUUUAUUAGCACUGCUAGAAAUGUCCAAUUGUUGGUACUUAAUCAAACAGGCUAAAAACUAAAUCAGUUAAAGCAGCUAUCUGACCUAUUAAAUAAAAACAUAAUGUACCUAUAAUAAAUACAUUUCAUUUAUUUGUGAAAAAACUUUCAUUUGUGCUAUGGUAAUUCUGUCACCAAAAUGUGACAACGGUAAACUACUUUUUUUUUUAAUAUAGUAAUUGGUUGACUAGAGCUCUAGAAUCCGAAUAAAGCCUUUCAUAGUGACAAGAAUGGUAUAUCCCCUCCAAAAAUAAUGUAUUGUUGUUUAUUGAUUAUAAGUAAUCUUCAAUUAUUUUGUGUCUUAAGUUCCUAGUGAAAUAAAAUUUGAUAAAAUAAUCUUUAUUUGAAAAUCAUUUGAAAGGUAUGACUGCCCAUCUAAACAGUAUUAUCUUUUCACUACAUUUAAUUAUCUAAAAUAUUUAUAUAAAGCAUCUAGAUGAUUCUUCAGAGCUGUAAGUUCCAUAUGGAAGUUGAAAAGGAGGCUUUAAGAGGAACUAUGUUUGUUCAAAAGGUGUGGGUCAUUUAUAGCUAAUUAGUAAUGAAUGGUUCUUGCCUGUGAAUAAUGAGCUCUUGGCUGUUUGGGUAGUCUUUAAAAGGAUAAAAAGGGGUUUUCUAAGCAGGGAAUGGUGGCAUAUACCAGAAGUCCCAGCAGUCAGAAAACUAAAGUGAGAACAGUUGAGUUUGGAGUCCAGUGUGGGCUACGCAUUAUGAACUGUGUCCAAAAUAAAAACCACUUUCUGCAAUACAAAUCCCUUAACAUUUUUCAGAAUGUUCCAACUAUUAUUAUUCCACCCUUCACUCUUCUCUGCUUUCAAACAUCUACUGAUUCCUUAAUAAAGAAAAACCCUAAACUGAAGUUUAAAUUUGGUUCCACACCUUGAUACUUUUCAAAUUAGCCUUUGUGCAAACUUUGCCAUCGGCUAUAAUUCCAGAACUUUGCCUUCUCUGACCAGGUCUACUCAUACUUACCACUUACUUAUUACAAUCUGGCUCACUCAGUACUCAGAUGGAACAACUUUCCCAACUUGUGGAAUUUCCCCUAACUUCUUUUACAGUGCUAGAGAUUGAACCCUUGGCAGCACAGGCAAGCACACCACCACUAAGAUCCAUCUCCAGCUCUGUCUAGCUUUAAACUGAGGACUCUAUGAGCUCACAUUUCAAUUUUCUCUAGUUUGUAAUAUCAACAAGAUGUUUCCAAGGCCUGUUAUAAACUUCGGAACCAAAUAAAUCUGAAAUCUCAGCUAUCUCAAAGACAGUAAGUUGCUCUUAUUUAAAAGGUAAGUUUUAAAUAAGACCUAUUUAAAUAAGACACCUAUUUAUUUUAAACAGGGUCAGGCUGGCCCUAAAUCUACAAUCCCGCUUUAACUUCCUAGAAUUACAGGUUUGUAUUACCAUAACCAGCUACAGGGUUUUACACUUAAAUAUACAACAUAAAUAAAAAUAUCAGGCCAGAGGACGGCUCAGCAGUUAAGAGCAUUUGCUGAUCUUCCAAACAAUCCAGGUUCCAAUAUCUAUAACACAUAGUGGUUCAUAUACAGUUCCAAAUACAGGGGAUGCUACACCCUUUUUUGGCCUCCCUGGGCACCAGGAACACACAAGGUACAUAGACACAUGUAUUCAAAACACCCAUACACAUAAAAGUCUUUAAAAACAUGACUCCCUCACACAAAGAGCAAACUAAUAAAUCUAAGCUCUUUCAUUUGCUGCCAAAUGACCUCCUAAGUUGCUCAAGAACUGAAACCCAACUUUCUCUUCUAUAAAAUGAGGAUAUCACCACCUACCUACUUCAUAGAUCACUGUGAAGAUUAAAUGAAAAUAUACUUUCUGAGCAAAAUAUCCUUCAUAAACAGCAACUAAAUUUUAUGGUUUUCUUCUGUCUUCUAUGUCAAAAGGAAAAAACCAAUAGGAACCGCUCUAAAUUUCCCUUUCCAUUUUGAGGAGCAAUUAUUUUCAAAAGAUUUCAACAACCUAGACCUUUCCUAUCAAAGCAAACUGUAAGAUUAAAUAAAGAAUUCCAAAUUAACUUUACUUAGAAGGAAUUUAUCAAUCUUAUACAACAAGUUCUUCAUCCUACUAAGCAAUAAUAAGGCCCUCAAAAUACGAAUUGAGAAAGGCUGAAUCUCAUGCAAGGAACUUGCAUACACCUGGACUCUCAGAACCCAAAAAAUAGAGGCAGGGAGCAGGAAGGUCACAAGUUAAAGGUCAUACUGUUUAAUGUUUCAAAGUACAAAGAAAGAAAAAAAAAAAGCAAGUUUAAAUCCCCAGAAUUAGAAAGCUAAAGACUUCUACAACUAAUAUGUAGAUUGUACAAACAAUACCCUUCUACUAUAUUUCUGCUCCUUCACUGUACUAUCGUUUUAAUUGACAAUACGAUGUCACAUAACUACUUUUCAGAAACCUGUAACACAGGACAAUCAGCCCCAAUACAUAUGCACUUUAAGAAAAGCACAAUAUUCACUAUUUCCCCUUUCCCUCAAGAGAUCCCUAUGAGGCACAUACACACAAAAUUAAGAUAGCAGGUAUGGGGACAGGAUAAACUCAGUAUGUCAACAUCUAAUAACAUAACUGCCACCAGUUAAUAAUAUAGAACUGUCUAGUAAUAUAACUGUGUGUACUUUUUUCUAAAUUUUCAAGCAGGUUCUCAUGAAAUUGUUCACCUUGGUCUAAAAUUCUCUAUGUAGCCCAUGCAGCCUUCAUUUUUGCCUCAGCCUUCUGAGUAGCUGGAAUUACAGACAUGCACCAGUUUUCAACUAGCUGUGCACUUUUUGUAUAAAGUAUCUAAUUUCAUAUACUUGGGUAUUUAUAUGGUCUUUUGUGACAGGGUCUCAUACAACUCAGGCCAGCCUGAAACAACUCUAGUAGCUGAGGAUGACCCUGAACUUCUGAACCUGGGACUACAGGCAUGUGCCACCAGGCCUAGCCUCAUCUUUUUUAGAGAGGUGGGCUGGGAUGGGGGAAGAGGACAGGGUUUCUUUGUGCAGCCCUGACUGACCAGGAAAUUACUCAAUAGACCAGGUUGACCUUGAACUCAGAGACCCACUUGCUGGGAUUAAAGGCUGCACUACUGACCGCCCAGCUGCCUAGUUUAAUCUUAAUCUUCACACAAUCUUCAGAGGCUUUAUCUGUAGUGCCCAUUUUCCAAAUGAGUAUUAAAAAAAAAAAUCAAAGAAACACAAUAUUCAGUAAAUAGUGAAGUCACAGCUCAAACAACACAAAACCUCCCCAUCUUUCCUUUAUGUUACCUUCUUGGCAAGCACCAACAAAUUAUAAAGAGUAGCUUUAUAAAUUAAAAAAUUAAAAAAAAUGGGUAGCUUUAUUGAAACAGCUACAAAUUUGUUUUAGGUCAAAGUUGACCUAAAACUAUACUAAGAAUAAACCCACUCCCUAAAAUUAAAACCACAACCAUUAGCUAUUACCUGCUAUAGUGUAACAACAAUGCAGCUUCCAGAAGAUGACAAGUGAAUAAAUGAACAGCUUUAAUAAUUUUCUAGUCUUCCAGUGGCAAAUGCCCUUGAGCUACAGGCUAAAUACACUUUACCAAAAUAUUCAAUUCAGGUUGACUUACAUUUAGCACCUGUGUUCUUAAAAACAACGAAAAAUUACCAUGCUGAUGCCAUCUUUCUGGCUUUCUUAGGCAUCAGACAUACAUGUGGUAAACAGAAACACAUGAAGUCAAAAAACAACAGCAAAAAUAAACACAAAUACACAGAAAGUAAAAACAAAAUAAAGCAGAAAGACAAACCUACAGUAGUACCUGGAAUUGCUAUAAUCUGACACUGUAGGCUCUUCCUGAGUUUCAGGCCAGCCUAAGUACUACACAAUAAGACUCCCAUACAUUGAUCCUUUCUGGCAGAAGCUAUUGUACUAUAGAAUGUUUCGGUACAAACCAAUGAGCAGUGACAACAUUGCCCACAACCUCAGCAUUCAGAAAGACGAGGCAAGACCGUCAACAACUUGAGACUAGCCUAGAUUUUAUAGCAAGACCUUGUUUAAAACACAAAAACACCCAAAAGCUCUAUUACAAACCUCUAAACUUUAGUGAGAACUUUUUAGGGAUGUAGAGAGUGAACUUGGAUUAGAGUGAUUGUCUGGGCUGGUCAGAAGAGGGUUUCUUAGACUUUUAAAGAUUUUAUUUUUAUGUCUAUGAGUGUUC